GACCCGGUCCAACCCACUGCGCCACCGCGCCCCCCUCAUUGUGAAAUAACAUUACGCGCAUUACUGGCAUAGCUCGGAGGCUCGGUAGCAGUGAAGGAUCUUCAGUAAAAGGACCAGUUGUGCAGUCGUCUUGGAGGAUCCUGUUCCUCCACACGUAUUCAUUUGGAAUUAGUACAGUGAUAGUUUUUGCCUUGGAAGUGGUCUGGUGAAAGUUCACCAUCGAGGCUGGACCUGUCUCCUCGUAACAUGGAGUCAAAAAUUCAGAAUGCAUGGAGAAACAUACGGCAGACAGCCAAACCUCUGCUAGACAACAUGAAGAAGGGCAAGAAGAAGCAGCAGAAAACACCAAGGAGGCUCAUGCGGGGCCGCAAGAGUAUUUCAGUACCUGACUUGCUACUUCUUCAGGAUGACGACUCUGCACUGGGUUCACCCUCCCAAGGGCGAAACGCUUAUUUGCGGUUCUUCCAUGACCUCCCCAGCCCAUUGUACAGGGCUCCCAAGCUCGGCAAAGAAGGUGCUGCGUUUGAAGACAGCUUUAGCAUAACUGAUGAUGACACGGAUGGAACCUCUGAGCAGAGGGUGGUCUUGUUCAGCACUUCUGGGUCACAGCAGGCAGAAGAAGUGGAGCAGAACAAGGAUGAUGACAUCAAAGAUUUGCCAGCUGAGAAGACAUCUGACACUGAGAGUGAGAAGCCUUGGGAACCCAAAGACCCCAGUGCCACCCCAACACAGGACUUUGAGAACGACGGUGUCUUUGAUACUGAAAAUGAAACACCAUCUGUUCCACCACAGAAGGCAUCUUAUCUCAUAAUCAUUCUGAAGGAGGGCAAGAACCUGGUCAUUAGGGACCGAUGUGGUACAAGUGAUCCAUAUGUCAAAUUCAAAUUAGAUGGAAAGACCAUUUACAAAAGCAAAGUUGUCUACAAAAACCUCAACCCAAAGUGGAAUGAGAGUUUCUGCUUCUCUGUUCAGAAUUUGGAUCAAAAAUUGUUCAUUAAGGUAUAUGACAGGAAUUUUACCUCCGAUGAUUUUAUGGGUUCCUGCAGCGUAUCACUGUGUGACCUUGAGGUUGGCAGGACUCGUGGAUACACCCUACCUCUCAUUGAUCCCAACAGUAUUGAUGAUGACAUGGGAGAGGUAUUGAUAGACAUGCGUCUAUCACAGACAGAUGAAGACUGUCAGAAAUAUUUGGCAAGCCGGCCACAGAACCAACAUCUGUCGGAGGCUCUGAAAAAGAGUCGGCUGUGGAACUCGGUGGUCGGCAUCACUCUGGUGGAGGGGCAGGACCUGCCAGACGACGGCCAGGGGGAUGUCUUUGUACGCUUCAGACUGGGUGACCAGAAGUUCAAGAGCAAGAGUCUCUGCAGGAAGGCCAACCCAUACUGGGGGGAAACAUUUGAUUUCAACCAGUUUCAAGAUGGGCCAGAUAUGUUGGAGAUUGAGGUUUGCGUUAAGGAUGGCAGGAAAAAUGAAGAAUGUUUAGGAACGUGUAAAUUUGAGCUGUCUCAAGUGCCAUUCAGCCAGGAGCUGCUGUGCACACGGCCCAUGGAACAAGGCAAAGGCAGGGUGGUGUUCUUCAUUAUCCGGAAUCCCUGCACUGGGGUCUCCAUCGUUGACUUGUCCUCUGCCCCACUGGAGAAUCCUCUUGAGAGGCAGCAGAUAAUGGACAGAUAUAGUUUAAAGAACUCUUUGUACGAUGUGAGAGACGUAGGAUUCCUUCAGGUGAAGGUUAUCAGGGCCACAGACCUGCUGGCAGCUGAUUUGAAUGGGAAGAGUGAUCCAUUCUGCGUGUUGGAGCUGGGAAACAACAGGCUGCAAACUCACACCAUAUACAAAAAACUUAACCCAGAGUGGAACAAAGUCUUUACCUUCCCAAUCAAAGAUAUUCAUGAUGUACUGGAGAUAACAGUUCUUGAUGACGAUGGUGACAAGCCACCAGAUUUCCUUGGAAAGGUGGCCAUUCCAUUGCUUUCUGCACAUAAUGGUCAACAGAUUGCUUACGCACUGAAAAAGGAGAACUUAGGAGGACCCUUUAAAGGAACCAUAUUGUUGGAGCUUCACGUUUGUUAUAACCCAGUGAGAGCGGGUUUCAGAACCUUCAAACCGAAAGAGGCAAAACUAAUGCAGGACAAUCCCAAGUUCAACAAAAAGAUACUGGCACGAAAUGUGUACCGUGUGAGGAAAAUCACGCAAGCCCUGCUGUACAUGUUACAGUACAUUAAAAGCUGUUUCCAGUGGGAGAACAAGCAACGGAGUAUAUUAGCCUUGAUGAUCUUUAUCAUCACCGUUUGGACCUGGGAGGUCUACAUGUUUCCACUCUUCUUCCUCCUGCUCAUCAUCUGGAACUACUUCCAGAUCACCUCUGGGAAGGUCAGCUACAAUAGUGAGCUGGAUAAUAUGGAAAUUGGAGACGACGAAGUUGAAGAUGAGAAGGAAUCUGAGAAAACGGGAUUGAUGGAAAAAAUUCACAUGGUUCAAGAAAUUUUACUCACUGUCCAGAAUACUUUAGAAGAAAUUGCAUGUCUUGGAGAAAGAAUUAAAAACACUUUCAACUGGUCAGUGCCGUUCCUGUCUGCUCUCGCCUGUCUUGUUCUUUUCGUAGCCUCCGUCAUUGCCUAUAGCAUCCCGCUGCGGUACAUUAUAUUAAUAUGGGGCACUCACAAGUUUACCAAGAAAUUGCGCAACCCACAUGCUGUUGACAACAGUGAGCUGCUGGAUUUCUUGCAGAGGGUUCCAACCGACAUCCAGAAGGUGCAACACAGCAGGCUGAAAGCAUUCAUCAUCCAGAGCCCCCAUAAGAAGAAGCGGGGCGCCCUCUAGGCUCUGGGCUGCACAUCCGGUCGACCCCCGGUGCUUGAAGACGUCUGCUCCCCAUUGUGCUGUGUGCACACAGAGAGGGGUGGGUGUGGCGCUCACCUGUCAGUCACGCAUCGACACCCAAAUUCACAGACUGAGUGAGAACUGAACCAUUCAACCUGUUCCUAGUUGGACCCGUACCCGAAACCUUAACCUACUCCCUUCCGCUGUUCCCGACUGUGAUUAUAUUGCCCAAGUAUUUUGACAGCAUGUUCCUCAUAUGGUUUGUGAGACAAUGUUUUCUUCUUAUGCUUUGUUUUUAAGAGGUACAUUUUACCUGAGCCAAAAAUAUUGUGAGUUACAAGAAAAAUUAUGCACAUUACAAAUGUUCACAUAAAUGGGCUGUAAAUUCUGAAAUGCACUGUUUUUAUCCUUUCAUAUACAGUAGUUGCCGUUGUAAACUUUAUUUUAUUAAAGGUGUUUGGGAAUCUAGUGCAAUACUGUAAUAUAAGCUGUGAAUGACUUCAUGUUAUUUGUGCAUUACAUCCAGUGUAUGAUGAUAAAGGAAUCUCAAGGUAGUGCAGAGAAUGAAAUUUAUCUUUGCCAUGGUGCUGUAUACAUUUGUUACAUUAGCAGAGUGUCAUGGCUGUAUUGUCUUUGUUUCUGCAAUCAAAUGUAAUCCUUGUCCAUCACCUGUCACUUUCGAA